CUGCUGCUGCUGAUGCUGCUGCAGGUCGCGCGUCUCCAAGUCCAAGGAAGGAAAUUUCGAGGUGGUCGCAACCCCCAGCCACGCAGGGCACAGCCCUCCCCUGUGUACCGUGAUCGGGCCGAGACCACCGAGAGCUUCUCCCUGGAUUUCACGGCCGUCGAGGACAACAUCGAGGACUUCAUGAGCCAGGUGAAGAACCUGGCGCAGUCGCUGUACCCCUGCUCGGCUCAGAACCUCGACUACGACAUGAAGCUGCAUUUCCUGGAGAACACAUCAGUCACGUGCAACGACGGGACUCCAGCAGGAUACUACCUGAAGGAGUCCAAGGGCAGUAAGCGGUGGCUGUUAUUCCUGGAAGGAGGCUGGUACUGCUUCAGCAAAGCAAACUGUGACACCAGGUACGAGACCAUGAGGAGGCUGAUGAGCUCGACAACUUGGCCCCCGAGCAAGACAGGCACGGGAAUAAUGUCACCGAUGCCUGAGGAGAACCCCCACUGGUGGAACGCCAAUAUGGUGUUCCUCCCCUACUGCUCCAGUGAUGUCUGGAGCGGAGCUUCUCCCAAAACAGAACAAGGUGGCUACGCCUUCAUGGGUUCUCUCAUAAUAAAGGAGGUUGUGAAGGACCUGCUGACUAAGGGACUGGACAAUGCCAAGGUUCUGCUACUGGCUGGGAGCAGUGCCGGUGGGACCGGGGUUCUGCUGAAUGUGGACCAGGUGGCAGAACAGCUUGAGGAGCUGGGCCACGUUGGGAUCCAGGUGCGGGGACUUUCCGACUCGGGCUGGUUCCUGGACAACAAGCAAUACCGCUGCACUGACUGCCUGGACACCACCAGCUGCGCCCCCACCGAGGCCAUCAAGAGAGGAAUCAAGUACUGGAACAGUGUAGUUCCUGAACGCUGCAGGGAGACCCAUGAAGGAGAGGAGUGGAACUGCUUCUUUGGAUACCGAGUCUAUCCCACAAUAAAAAGCCCUGUGUUUGUGGUGCAGUGGCUAUUCGAUGAAGCCCAGCUGACUGUUGACAAUAUCCACCUGACUGGACAACCCGUGCAGGAGAGCCAGUGGCGCUACAUCCAGAACCUGGGCAACGAGUUACGAAACACACUCAAGGAUGUCCCGGCCAUGUUUGCUCCAGCCUGUCUGUCCCAUGAAGUCAUCACAAGAAACUACUGGAUGGACAUCCAGGUGAAAGGCACUUCCCUGCCCAGAGCUCUGCACUGCUGGGACCGCAGUUUCCAUGACAACAGCAAGAACAACAAGACUUUGCUCAGAGGCUGCCCCGUGCACCUGAUUGACAGUUGUCCCUGGCCACACUGCAACCCUACCUGCCCCACCAUCCGGGACCAGUUCACAGGGCAGGAGAUGAGUGUGCUGCAGUUCCUCCUGCACAUGGGCUUCGAUGUGCAGAAGAUGGCUGAGCAGCAGGGCAUGGACCCCAGCAAGCUAUUGGGCAUGCUUAGCUCUGGCAGCUAA